UGGAAGUCCCGCCCCCAGGUGUCGUGCGUGACGCGAGGGCGCAGCCCGGCCGAGCUGCCGCCAUGUCCAUCUUCACCCCCACCAACCAGAUCCGCCUCACCAAUGUGGCCGUGGUGCGGGCCCGGCGCGCCGGAAAGCGCUUCGAGAUCGCCUGUUACCGCAACAAAGUCAUGGGCUGGCGAAGUGGAGCGGAGAAGGAUAUUGAUGAGGUCCUGCAGACCCACACAGUGUUUGUCAAUGUUUCCAAAGGCCAGGUGGCAAAGAAGGAAGACCUCAUCCGGGCGUUUGGAACAGAUGACCAAACAGAAAUCUGUAAAGUGAUUCUAUCCAAAGGGGAAUUGCAGGUGUCAGACAAAGAACGACAGACACAGCUGGAGCAGAUGUUUAGAGACAUUGCAACUAUUGUGGCUGACAAAUGUGUGAAUCCUGAGACAAAGAGGCCGUACACUGUAAUCCUUAUAGAAAGAGCCAUGAAGGAUAUUCACUACUCUGUCAAACCAAACAAGAGCACUAAGCAACAGGCGCUGGAAGUGAUCAGACAGUUAAAGGAGACCAUGCAGAUUGAACGUGCUCACAUGAGGUUACGAUUUAUUCUUCCGGUAAAGGAGGGGAAAAAGCUGAAAGAGAAGCUCAAGCCACUGAUAAAAGUUAUUGAGAAUGAAGACUUCCAUGAUCAGUUAGAAAUUGUGUGCCUUAUUGACCCGGGCUGCUUCAGAGAGAUUGAUGAGCUGAUCCGGUCUGAGACCAAAGGGAAAGGAACGCUGGAAGUGCUCAGUCUGAAAGAUGUGGAGGAAGGAGAUGAAAAGCUUGAAUAACAGAAACCCUUCUGGAGCACUGCUACUUCAACAAUGUUUAACAACUGGCAUUAGCCACUCUUUUCUGUUUGGCCUUCUUGUUUUUUCCAACCUCUUGCUGCCAAAUACCUUCUGACACUAACCCUUUGGGAUUUUUCCAUGCAGUGUGUUUUUUAAUUGUUUUUCACUUGCUUGGUUUACAGGUGAUUUGCCUGUAGGAACAUUCUGUGUCAGAGUUGCACUAAUGAGAAAUGAGUUAAGACUUGAUAGGGAAUUUACUCUAGCUUUGGUGAAUGUUAAGGUUUGCUAAUGGAGCGUGUUUGACUGAUGUGGUGCCAGUCACUUUUGCUUUGAGUUGUCAGUGUUGACUGGAGGACUGCAGUGGUCACCAAGGGGUAGGUGUUGUACGUGAGGAGAGAAACCUUUGGAAAAGGGAGAUACAUUUUCACUUUCAGACAAUUGCAAAGUGUGGAUUGUGUCUGCUGAUCUCUUGGCAGCGUGAAAACUGACCUAGACAUCCAUAAUUGGCUGCUUAAUAAUUACAGAAAUUUAAAGGACCAUUCUUGUAUAUUUCCUUCACUGGGUAUAACAGUACUUGCUAACUUAGAAAAAAUGUUCUCCAAAUAACUUAUUCAUAAAAUAUAUUUAGCUACAUUGGUUAAAAAAAAAAAAAAAAGAAUUAUCAUCUAUUUAUGUAUUACAGAUACAGAAAGAAAUAACUAUUUUUGUUAUAGCAUAGGAGCUAUCCCUGGCUGUGGUGAUGCUUUUUGCAGGCUGAAGGCGUAGGCUGUGUUUCUGAGCUGUUGUCAUUCAUGGGGUGAAAUGAAGCACAUCUCUAACAGGCAGUGGCCUCUGGCUAUUGUGCUAGACAGUCUUUUGUUGGGCCCUCAUUCCCUCGUGGUAGCUGUCUGUGUGUGUGUGCCUUUCAGCUGAGUUCAAUACACAACAGUUCUGGCAGCUGUCCUUUAUCCUGUGGCUUUUUAUGCUGCUUUCUAGUACAUGCCCAGCAUUUCCAGCCAGCUCCCGAGGCACUGUGAUCUUGAUAGUUUUGUUAAGACUCCUUUCAGCUGUGCAAAACGAAUGCUUUCAAGUUUAACUUGGGGAUCUCAAGAAAGAGGGGAAAAGAGGACAGAAGCUGGAAAGGUACUAAAAUACCAUAACAAUACAGGCCUGGGUGUCUGAAGGCUAAGCCAGCAGGAAUUUAAGGGGAGUCUUUGGUAUUCAUGUGCCUGUUUCCAUGCUGAUAAUACACAGCAAAUCAGGAUUUGCAAGCUGUGCCAACCACUAGAUCUCUGUUUCGGAUGAAUAUGUGUAUGUUCAUUCCUUGCUGCGUAAUUUUAGGGUAAAUGACCUUUUAUAUGGCAAUUAAACAGAGCUCUGGUUUGUACUCUUCACAUGACCUUUUCAUUUGUACCACUAACAGAUGCUGUGAGUUUUCUAGAGUUUAUGUGGGGAGAGUUGAAGUCAGCCAGAGGAAAAGAGAUUUGAAACAUCAGAUGCAGAGGAACCUAGAUCCUUAGACAAAGGCAUCCUCUUUGAAGUUGCAGCCUGUUGACAAGAGCUUGUGCAAGGUUGGAUUCAAUUUCUUUAGCAACGUUUUGGGAGGACUUGCCACUGUGGAGCCUGAGUUUUGCUGAAGGGUAGUGAAAUGGAGAUUCUUGAACCAUUUAAUCAAUUUUAAAUUGCUUUCUAUUGCCCCCAAGAUAAUCUGUCUUGUUUAAAUGCUGCCUAGGAAAGUUUAGUGGCGUAAUUAGCGUAUUUGUGAGGUGGACAAAGCUUAAACAUGGAGAUCUGUACAUGCAUGGAUAGACAGGCAAGUUUCCAUGUGUGUACAAGCUCUUAGCUGCUUGUCUUUCAAAUGGCCAUCUCCUCGUGCAUAAUUUAUGAAAAGGAUGGUAGUGCUGGUAUUUAACCUGUCAUUGGCACUUAGAAUUAAUAUGUAAUCCGUAAAUCUGCAAAGGAGACACUGAGCAAGAGCCUCAUACGACAUUGUGUUGGUAUAUUUGAUUUCACAGUUCUGUAAUUUCUUUGGUUUUUCUGCACCCAGAGCACAAUAGGAUGGCUGCAGGUGAAGGACCUCGAGUUACAGAAACGUAACCUAAGCUAAUUAUGAGCUUGGUGCUAGGAAGUCAAUUUCCAUAUUUCUGUUUCUACAAAUCAAAUGUUAAGGAUUUUCUCUGGUAGAGGGAGCUUGAUUUUAUUUAUAAACAUGCUUGCAUUUCUUGUCAUGUUUGUAUUUCAGCAAGAAUGGAUGGUAAGCAUCAAAAUAAAUACCAGUAUUGGCA